AUGAGCCUAGUUUCUUCGAUCACUAGCAAAGCAGCAUCAAGUGCUGUAUCUGCGGCUUUGGCUGCUAAUUCUACGGGAAGUACAAUGCGUGGUAGUUUCUACCUACCAUCAUUCGAUCCUGAUGUACGCUCUCAUGACAUCCGUGAUUGGUGUGCAAAUGUUGACGAGACGAUUGCGGCUUUCCAUAUACCACCGCAAGAAGCAAGGAUGAAGGCUAUCCUUCAACUAAAAGGUAGGGCCAAGAUUUGGGCAGACACGUGGUCGCUUCAAUCAACCACGUGGCAGCAAGUCAAAGAAGACCUCAUUCGAACUUUCGGCAAGGAGUUUCGAUAUGCUGACGACGUACAAAAAUGGCGCGGCUACACCUCCGAGCAAGCUGACAAUUACGCGGAAUACGCUACGACAGGCUGGACGCUGUUCAAACGUGUAAGACCAGAAGCUACGGACCCUGAGGUUAUCGAUGCCUUGAUAACAGGUAUUUAUCCCGAAUUUAUUAGAUCAGAGUUGCUAAGAAAUACGCCUGAUUCCUUACCUAAGCUAGUUUCUGUAUUAAAGACAUAUCGUAAGAGAAAGGCUGAGCGUUCUGAUGACACUAAUUGUAAGCUACACAAGCGGAUGGCUAGGCCAGUUAGCAAGCCAUCUGGUAAUUGUUUUAAUUGUAACAAGCCGGGUCAUUUUUCUCGUGAAUGUAAAGAGAGACGUCCUCUUGUUCCACCUGCGAAGACCUCAACUUCUACUACACUGCUACCUGCUAAUACGAUUAGAUCUAUAGAAUGUAAUUAUUGCCAUAGAAAGGGACAUAGUGAAAAUAAUUGUUUCCGUAAACAAAAUGAUGAGCGUUUGGGGCUAACUAACAACCAAACAAUUAACUUCUGUACCCCAAGAGAUCGUAGCGUAACCAAUAUUACUAUAGGUAAUAAAGUUUACUAUUGCUUACUUGAUACGGGUGCCGAUUGUUCUCUAAUUAGGAAUAAAAUCGCUGGCUCAAUUCCUGAAAAGCGAAAAAUCGUAAACGUAGCCUUUAUGGGUAUAGGUGGUUCUCCAGUAGUUUCGACGCAAAGUAUCACGACCAAAGUCGAAUUUGGUGACGUGUGUAUUGAGGUAGAAUUCUAUGUUGUUGGGAUACUCAAACUCAGUUCGACAUUUUAA